AUGGAGGAGCCGCCAGUGGGGCCACAGAGCUUUCGCAGGGCGUUAGAUCCUUUCCCCCAGGUCUUUGCUGCCGAAGCUGUGGCCACCGAUUCAGAGGCCCCCGCUGAGGGGCAGAAGCUGUCUCCCUACAUUCCAGAAUCCCAUUACCAGGAAUCCGGAUGGGACCGUCUCCGAGAGCUGUUUGUUAAAGAUGAACAGCAGAGAACCUCUGAAGAACUUCAGAAUAUUUAUAGGGCAGCAAUUUCAGCAGGCAUCAUUGGCUUUGCAUAUGGGGGAGUACCAGCUUUUAUUCAUGCUAAACAACGCUACAUUGAGAAGAGCCAAGCAGAAAUUUAUCAUAACCGGUUUGAUGCCGUGCAAUCUGCCCAUCGUGCUGCCACACGAGGCCUCAUUCGGUAUGGCUGGCGCUGGAGUUGGAGAACUGCAAUGUUUGUGACUGUAUUCAAUACAGUGAACACUGGUCUGAAUGUAUACCGAAAUAAAAAUGCCCUAAGCCAUUUUGUCAUUGCAGGAGCUGUCACAGGAAGUCUUUUCAGAAUAAACUUAGGCCUUCGUGGCCUGGUGGCUGGUGGUGUAAUUGGGGCCUUGCUGGGCACUCCUAUAGGAAGCCUCUUGAUAACACUUCAGAAGUACCGUGGAGAGACUGUUCAGGAGAGAAAAGAGAAGGAUCGAAAGGCACUCCAUGAGCUCAAACUGGAAGAAUGGAAAGCCAGACUACAAAUUACUGAGUUCCUCCCUGAAGAGAUUGAAAGUAGUUUACAGAAAAAUCAAUCUGAGGAUGAUGCUAAGAAAAUAGAAGCAUUGCUAAACCUUCCUAGAAACGCUUCAUCAAUAAAUAAACAAAGCAAGGACUGACAUUUCUCUGGACUUGAAAGUCAUUGGAGAGUUGAAGGGA